AUGAAAAACAAAAGUCCAGGAGAAGAAUACAAUAAUAUUAUUAAGCAGUAUCAAGAAAAGGGAUGCUUGGAGAAAAUCAAUAAAAGAGAUCUUGGAGAUGGUUGGUAUUUACCACAUUUUCCAAUUCUUCGUCCUGAUAAAUUAACUACAAAAGUCAGAAUUGUGUUUGAUGGAUCUGCAAAAUAUAAUGGUAAAUCAAUUAAUGAUCUUAUUUAUCAAGGUCCAAAACUUCAACAAGACCUUGUGACUGUUUUGCUGAGAUUUCGAAAAUACCCAGUGGCUUUAGCUUGUGAUAUAGCAGAAAUGUAUUUAAAAAUUGGAAUACAUAAAGAUGACCAAAAGUACCAACGAAUUUUAUGGAGAAACCUAGAUUCAACUGCUGAGCCUGAGGUAUUUCAGUUUAAUCGGCUCGUAUUUGGAAUCAAAUCAGCGCCUUUUAUGGCUCAAUUUGUAACGCAAGAAGACGCAAGAAAGUAUGCAAAAAAAUUUCCUUUGGCUUCUGAAGCUGUUCUUGAAGCAACUUACAUGGACGACACAAUAACUUCUGUAGUUGAUGAAAAAGUAGGAAUUCAAUUAUACAAGGAACUCACGCUACUAUGGGGUUCAGCAGGAAUGUUUGCACGAAAGUGGCUUUCAAACUCGGUCGAAGUUCUUAAAAUAACACCAGAAAAUGAUCGUGCAGAACAUAUAAAUUUAGAUUCUGGAGAAUUGCCUGCAAUAAAAACACUUGGAGUUGUCUGGAAUGCAAAACCUGAUUUAUUUAGUUUUCAUUCUAUAACAACUGAUGAAAAUACGGUAUAUACAAAACGAUCUUUGCUUAAAAAAAUGGAAACGUUGUUUGAUCCAUUGGGUUUUUUGGCACCAUAUAUCAUUCGAAUCAAAAUAAUUAUGCAGGAACUGUGGAUUGAUGGAAUUGUGUGGGAUGAUGCAGUUCCGGAUAAGAUUGCAAAUAAUGUUGAUCAAUGGUUUCAAGAACUAAACGAUCUCCCAAAAAUAAACAUUCCCAGAUGUUUACAAACAACCUCAACAGUAACAAAUAGGUCAAUUCAUGUUUUUACAGAUGCGUCUUGUAAAGCUUACGGUGCUGUUGCUUACCAACAAUGUUUAUAUGACACAGGAGAAGUGACCUGUGUGAUCAUGAUAUCAAAAGCCCGAGUAAGUCCAUUGCAAUCUAUUAGUAUACCAAGACUUGAGUUACUUGGAGCUGUCCUCGGUUUACGACUUGCAGAGAAGAUUGUCAAGGCAUUGAAGCUGGAAACUAUGGACGUAACUAUAUGGUGUGAUAAUCUUAAUGUUUUAUGGUGGAUAAAAAAUCAAAGUCGAAAGUUGAAACCAUUUGUUGCCAACCGUGUUGGAUUCAUUCAAUCAAAGACUGAACUAAAACAAUGGAGAUACAUACCAACAAAAACUAAUGUAGCUGAUUUACUAACAAGAGGAACAACAGUUAAAGAAUUAGAAAGCAAUUAUGUAUGGUGGCAUGGACCAACUUUCCUUAAUUCUUUAGAAGAAAAAUGGCCACAGAAUCACAUUGAAGUUACACAAGAGGCUUCAAUUGAAGUAAAGAAAAAUUCAGUAUUAAUGAAUUUUGCAUUAUCCACUGAAGUAACAAAGCAAUUGCUUGAUAUAAACAAGUUCUCAUGUUGGAAAAAACUUGUCAGGAUAAACGACUGGAUCCAUCGGUUUAUAGGAAAUUGUCGAUUUGAAACAGACUUUCGUAAAAAGGGUGAUAUAACAGCUGAUGAAUAUCAUGAAAGCGAAAAAGAAAUCAUAGCUAAAGCUCAAAAAGAAAGCUUUAAAGAAGAAUAUAGCAACAUUGAAAAAGGAAAUCCGAUAUCGAUAUCAAGCAAAAUUAUUUCUUCAAAUUCGCAAAUUGACGAAGACGGAUUAAUGCGAUCUUGCAGUCGAUUGCAAAAUGCCCAUUACUUACCCUACGAUGUCAAGUAUCCAAUCAUUUUGCCGAGAGGACAUACAAUAAUAAAGUUGAUUGUUAAGCAUUACCAUGACGAAGCCAAUCAUGUGAUGGGAACAAAUCAAAUAUUAACAAAACUAUCAGAACGAUAUUGGGUAAUACGAGGACGAGAAGAAAUCCGAGAUGCAGAAGCAAAAUGCAACAAAUGUAAAUUAAGAAGAUUUAAACCUGCUCAACAGCUGAUGGCCCCUUUACCAGCAAUGCGCUUUAAAGAACCACUACGUGCGUUUGCUAGAAUUGGUAUCGAUUUUGCUGGUCCAUUUCUUACUAUGCAAGGUAGAGGGAACAAAUUUUGUUGUAGGAUGUCGAGAACUAAACGAAAUUGUCAACGACUUAGAUAA